UUGAGUACUUGAUCCUGGCCACCAUCAUCGCCAACUGCAUCGUACUGGCCCUGGAGCAGCACCUACCAGCCAGCGACAAGACACCUAUGUCAGAACGCCUGGAUGACACAGAGCCCUACUUUAUUGGAAUAUUCUGUUUCGAGGGCGGCAUUAAGAUCAUCGCCUUGGGCUUUGCAUUCCACAAAGGCUCGUACCUCCGCAACGGCUGGAACGUAAUGGACUUUGUGGUCGUCCUCACUGGGAUCCUGGCCACGGUGGGCUCAGACUUUGACCUGAGGACUCUGCGGGCGGUGAGAGUACUCAGACCUCUCAAACUGGUGUCUGGCAUCCCCAGUCUUCAGGUGGUUUUGAAGUCUAUCAUGAAGGCCAUGGUGCCUCUGCUCCAGAUAGGCCUGCUGCUAUUCUUCGCCAUACUCAUGUUUGCCAUCAUCGGGGUGGAGUUUUACAUGGGCAAGUUCCACACCACCUGCUUCAAUCUCGACACUGGUGAGCGUGCAGCAGCGUUCCCCUGUGGUACAGAGGCCCCAGCCAGGAUGUGUCCUAACGGUACAGAGUGUACAGAGUACUGGAUCGGCCCCAACUAUGGCAUCACCAACUUUGACAACAUCCUGUUUGCCGUGCUCACCGUCUUCCAGUGCAUCACCAUGGAGGGAUGGGUGGACAUCCUCUACAAUGCCAAUGAUGCCUCGGGGAACACCUGGAACUGGCUCUACUUCAUCCCCCUCAUCAUCAUCGGAUCCUUCUUCAUGCUCAACCUGGUCUUGGGUGUCUUAUCAGGGUUUAAUUUCGAAGAGGAGACGCCGACGACCAACUUCGAUACCUUCCCGGCGGCCAUUCUCACCGUCUUCCAGAUUCUGACUGGCGAGGAUUGGAAUGCAGUGAUGUAUCAUGGCAUUGAGUCCCAGGGGGGCGUGCGGCGGGGAAUGUUCUCCUCAGUCUAUUUCAUCGUCCUCACACUCUUUGGAAACUACACGCUCCUGAACGUCUUCUUGGCUAUCGCCGUCGACAACCUCGCCAAUGCACAGGAGCUCACCAAGGAUGAGGAGAAGCAGGAGGAAGAAGCCAAUAAGAAGCUGGCCCUGCAGAAGGCCAUGGAGGUGAAGGAGGUCAGCCCCAUGUCAGCAGCCAACAUCUCCAUCGCUGCUUUUGUAAAGCAAAAUCGAGACGUACUCUCUCGCAGCUCGUCUGUCUCCAGCGUACAUUCACCUAAGGAACAGCAGAGAGCCAAUAAGAUGAUGUCGGUGUGGGAGCAGCGUACCAACCAGCUGCGUCAAAACAACUUGAGGGCCAGCUCAGAGGCUCUGUUCAACGAGCUGGACCCAGAGGAACGCCUGCGUGUCUCCUCCGCCCUCCACCUGCGCCCCGAAAUGAAGACCCACAACGACCGCCCCCUAGUUGUGGAGCCAGGCAAUGGGGACAAACCCCGACCCCCCAAGGAGGACAGAGACGGAGCAGACCACCAGCAAGAGGGAGGAGACACCCACGGCCCACAACUCCGCAAGCACCACCGCCACCGGGAGAGGAAUGGGGAGAACGGGGAGAGCAGGCAUCACACCCACCACAGCCGCAGUAGGGACCACUACCACCCAGGCGGGCCCCGGCCCAAAGAAGGCAAGGGGGAGAGGAGCCAUAGUCGAGAGGGGGGCCAGGGCCACAGGCACCAUCACCAGGCUGGAUCCCCGGAGGAGGGGACAGCCCCGAGAGGGGAACGGGGCCCUGGCUAA